AUGUCUGUACCAUCAUUGACAGUGUCAUCAAAUAACUUUCCAUGCGCCGCGGCGCUGGUCAAUGUCUCCAGACCACCCCAUGGUACCUUUGAAUGUCAUGCUCGUUACAGCCCACCUCGGGACUUCACGCAAGCAUUAUACAUUCCUCGUCAUGACUCAAUGACUUCCCAUCUCCCUAUCUAUAAUGUUGCCGAGAGCUAUCGGGAUUGCAUUAGAGAUACGGUCUUUGGUAGCUAUCUCCACUCGGUCAAACUGAGUUAUAUGGACAAGCCUCGGGGUGACGACAUGAACGCCCGGGUGGAAUAUCUGGUCGACGCCAGCAAAACGGAAGAAGAAGCUGUGGAACUGCAAGUUCAGCGCAGAAGCUUGAGCCAGAGCGACGACGUCAAAGCCAAUGCUCUAAUUGCCACUGGUAGCGCCGAAUUCUUUCUUGUGACCGAUCAGGGCGAACACGCCAGUGGUCCGAUGACAGCAUCCUUUCCCAUCGAACCAAGCGUGAGAGGAGAAUACAGGAUUCCGCACCCUUAUUUCACUUGGCGUCUCCCGGGCCACAAAGAGAAGCCCGGCAAGUUGGUCCAAUGGCAAGUCCACCCAGGGCCAAACAGCCUGUUCCGCUACACUUUGGUCAAUCUUGAUGAACCUGAGAUACUCGCAAUUUAUAUCCAUGUUGGCAUUGUGGUGUGGCUACCUACAGACUUCAGCGAGGGUGUGCUCUUGCUCCCUGAAAGUGGUGGGCAGGAGCAGGAAGCCGUUGUGAUCGCGAGCUUAUUGGCGAUGCUGCAACGGUUACGCGAAGAGAAAUCAAUGCGCCCGAUCAGGGACAGCUCAACUUCAAACUUAGCGAGGAGCUUGUUUCCAAACUGCGCCUGCAUUAACCACACGGCUGAG